CAAAAAAUUGGAUUAUUCGUGUGCUAUUGUCGCAAAAAGAUAUUAAAGAAUUUCGAAUUUUCUGCCGCCUUAGUGUGGCCAGGUGGCGGCGGAUUCCAAAUGCCUGCAGUUGUGCCCCGUCGUUUUGGUAUUCCGAGUGAAAGACGCAGCGACCCGCUGCUGCGAUGCAUUUGCUCACUUGGCCAACUUCGGUGCUGCGUUCCCGAUGCCUAGGACGACAAAAUGCUGCGCCAGAACCUGUUGGAUCAGCUUAAGCACUUCAUAGAGACGGUGAGCAAUGGGCACAGUUGUCCGCAGCUGCUGACCAGCCCCAAUCUCAUCAAGCUCGCACUGGGAUUCCUGGAGGAGCUGCCCGCCACGCGAGACAUUGUGUUCGAAUACUUCGCCCUGCUGGCCGAAAUCAGUGUGCAGCUGUAUGUGUCGCCGGAGAUGGCCGACCCAAAGACCGGUAUGCCGGUAUCCCAGGUGAAGCUGGCCGGGAAUCGCCAGCAGCAGCAACGUGCUCCGGAAUACGAGGCUUUCAAUCUGGUAAAGACCGCGCUGCAGAGUCUGGUGUGGAAGGGACCGCCCGCCUGGUCGCCGCUCAUCGCCAACUGGAGUCUGGAACUAGUGGCCAAGCUGUCCGAUAAGUACACCCAGCGGCGGAUGACCAUCACGGCCAGCUGCAACUAUUGGCUGGAGUGCAGCGCCAUGCACGGGCUGAUGACCCUUAUAAAUAGUUGUUUCCGAAAGUUAACCCAACCGGAGGAGGAGGCCUGCGUGGAGAUCAUGCUCAAUGCCUUUCACCGGUUUCCCAUGACCUUCGACUGGAUUGUGGCGAGAUUGGGCGGCUGUUUCCCUUACAAGAUCAUCAUGCAGAUUCUACAGUGCGGCAUCAAGCGAUUCGUCGAUGACUACCGCUGCCACCUGGAUUCGGAGGCGGGCAUCCUCGAUUAUAUGACCUCGUGCCACGAACAGCACCUUAGGGCAGCCUUUCGUGAGAUGCUUAGGGAGGGAUUCGCACCGAAGAAGCCGCUGGACGUGGCCGUUGUUCCUUUCCUGCUGAUCACCACCAACUACUCGGACACGAUCCUGCAGAGCUUGGUCAAUGUGCUAGUCGAAAUCUAUACCGAGGACAUGUGCGAGGUGAUAGUGCAGAAGGCGCCGUUGUGGCUGAGCAACAAAAUGUUUGCCGGUAUGCAGCCCACGCUGAAUAAUGCCGUGCUGCGCCUGAACGAGCGUGGAGCGACGUUGCUCCUUACGGCAGCCAAAAUGGCCGAGAAGUAUGUUUGGUGUCAGGAUUUCCUGGACAAUUCGAUGCAGGAGCUGGAACAGUGGGUGCUCAACCAGCGGAACUUCCCGUUGCUGGCCGAUCUGGCCUAUGAGGAAACCAAGUACAUGCUGUGGAAGAGCUGCCUCAGCACCAAUCUCUUCGAGCAGCAAACAGCGGUGAGAUUACUGCUGGUGGUCUCAUCCCAGCACCCGAAUAUUUACUACCAAACUAUAUCCCAACUUCUAAAGAAGUCGUAUGCUCAAAAUCCCAAUGGCAUUGGCGCAUUAAUUCGCUUACUUGGCGGACAAAGCGGCAUGGUUAACUUUCCGGGAUUCACGCCAGGUUUCAAGAUGGUCUUGGAGGACAUCACGUUGGAUGUUCAAGUUAACAAUCGAUUGCCAGUUCCGCCGGGCACACCCACAGAAGCCUUUAACACUUUCUCCAACCUAAACAUACUUGCCAGGAUGCACAAGAGCAAGAAUGUGGCUCCGUACAUCAAAGCGCAGCAUUUGAACCAAGCCCUCAACGAAUGUCUUCCCAAAAUCCUUCAAAUCUUCGACUGCACCGUUAACAAACUGGUCCUGAGGAUAGACAGGGAUGCCGCCGAGCGGAUAGCGGAUAAAUUCCGGGCGCAGCAAAGUAAAAAUAGCAAUAACAACAAUGAAUUGUGCAAUGGCAAGGAUUACGGAAAGCGCACAAAAUUGGAGCCGGGAGAAGAUAAGGUGGAUGAUGAGGACGCUACCCGCAUGCGCUUGGCCCAUCUCAUUGUGGAUCUGUUGAACAACAUUGAAGCCGGCAGCCGGACAACUGUCCUGCGCACUCCAUUAGUCCUCAAGCUGGCCACGCUAAGCGUAAAGUACUUCUUUGUGGGCUUAACCGAGAAGACUGUGAUCCGUCGAGCAGCGGCUUCGCAUCGCUCCUACACGCUGUUGCAGAGGCAGUGUUCCGCCCGGAAAAUCGCGAGAACCGUCUGCCUGCGCGAGCUGGUGGAGCGCGCGCUCUUUUAUCACGGUCACUUGCUUGGUCAGCUGGAGGUGUAUCAGCUCGAUGAGCUUGAGAUACCCGAGCACGAACACCUCAUCCUGCAGAAUCUGCACACCAGCUCUGGCGCCAACUCGAAUCGCUCCGUGCUGCAUUCCGGUAUUAUAGGCAGAGGUCUGCGACCAGUGCUGCCCCCCAGCGAGCGGAACUGCGAUGCGGAGAAGCAGGCGCUGUAUCUUAAGGCAUUGAAUGCAUGCUGCGCCGAUCUGGAGAAGCCCAACAACGUGGAGGGCUACUCGCUGGUCUCGCUGCUGCUGGUCGAGCUGGUCUCCACGGAUGUCAUGUACAACGGCCUGCCCUUUCCGGAUGAGGAGUUCACCAGGGUCACAAUGGAGCGGGACAUGCUAAUCAGGAGAGCGUUCAUCAACUCCCCAGUGCUGUGGGCUGUUUUGGGACUGAUCGCCGGUCAUAGGCCGGCGCUUUGCUAUUCCUCCGUGCUACUGCGCGCACUGUGCGCCACCUGCUUGCAUCACUGGCGGGGCAAGAAUGUCAAUCGAUUCCAGCCCACUGCUGCGAACGAUGAGCUGAUGCUGUGCACCAAGAAGAUGCUGCAACUGCUGGCUAUGAGCCAACUAAUUCCACCUCCACUCACCAAUCUGCAUCUCAUCAUCGAGCACUUUGAAUCGGCAGAGAUUGCCCUGCUGCUGCGCGAGUGCAUCUGGAACUAUCUUAAAGAUCACGUGCCCUCGCCGGCGCUGUUUCACGUGGACAACAACGGGCUGCACUGGCGCAACACGAAUACACAGCUGGCCAAGGUGCCGCCGCAAUAUGUGGACCCGUUGCGCCACCUAAUGCAGCGUAAGCUGUCCACCCUGGGCCCCCACUACCAUCAGAUGUUCAUCAUGGGCGAGCUGAUGGAGGGCGACUCAGAGCCAGAUCCGACGGCCCGGCUGCAGAUCGUUGAAAUAGAUUAAGCAAACGUAGUUAGCUAGCCUAAUGUUGUAGUGUGAGCAUGAGCGUGUGUGCAUGGAAUAAUGGAGCGUCUGCGAGUGUUGAGUGUGGAAUUUGGAAUGUGCGAAAUGUGCGAACUAAAUGCAGUGUUUGUAUUUUGAUAUUC